GCCGCCACCAAGGCCAUGAUGAGAGUUAAUGGGGAUGAAGAAAGCGUAGCUGCCCUGAGCCUUCUCUACGACUACUACGUGGUCCCAAAGGAGAAACGGAUCCUUUCUUCAAGCACAGUGACACGAAAUGACCUAGGAAAGAGGUAUCACCACGGGAUGGAAUAUGAAGUAGACUUCCCCCCUCUGGAGAGCCCCACCCAUCUCAUGAAGUUCUUGACUGAGAACGUCUCGGGGACCCAGGAGUACCCAGACCUAACCAAGAAGAACAAUCUGAUGAGCUUAGAGGGGACAGGAUCAGCCUCGACCAAGCCAGCCCUCCUCCCUCCUGGUCCCAGCAAGCUGGAGGACAGUUCAGCGGAUGGAAGCUACCUGCUUCCUACUGGUGACAUGUACGAUAGCAACCUCAGCAACCUAUUUGAGACUCUCCAUGGGCCCCCACCCCAGCAGCGCUGGCAGCCCGACAGCACCUUCAAAGAUGAUGGGCAGGAGUCACUGCUCUUUCCUGAUAUCUUGAAAAGCCCUUCGGAGCCUCCAUGUCCAGAGGAUUACCCCAGCACCAGGAGUGAUUUUGAAUAUACCCUGGGCUCCCCCAAAGCCAUCCACAUCAAAUCUGGGGAGUCACCCAUGGCCUAUCUCAACAAGGGACAGUUCUACCCGGUUACACUGAGGACUCCUGGAGGAGGCAGAUGCCUGCACUUGUCUUCCAACAAAGUAAAGAGCAUGAUCAUGGUGGUGUUUGACAAUGAGAAGAUCCCCGUGGAACAGCUGCGGUUCUGGAAGCAUUGGCACUCCCGCCAGCCCACAGCAAAGCAACGGGUCAUUGAUGUGGCGGAUUGCAAAGAAAACUUCAAUACUGUCCAGCAUAUUGAGGAAGUGGCUUAUAAUGCCCUGUCUUUUGUGUGGAAUGUGAACGAAGAAGCCAAGGUGUUCAUUGGAGUCAACUGCCUGAGCACAGACUUCUCCACCCAGAAGGGGGUAAAGGGUGUCCCACUAAAUCUCCAGAUAGACACCUAUGAUUGCGGUACAGGGACAGACCGCCUGGUGCACCGAGCUGUCUGCCAGAUCAAGAUAUUCUGUGAUAAGGGCGCAGAGAGGAAAAUGCGGGAUGAUGAACGCAAACAGUUCAGGAGGAAAGCCAAGUGCCCGGACUCCAGCAACAAUGGCCUCAAGGGCUGCCUACUGUCCAGCUUCCGAGGCAACGAGACCACCUACCUUCGGCCAGAGUCUGACCUGGAGAGCCAGCCGGUUCUCUUCAUCCCCAACAUCCACUUCUCCAACUUGCAAAGGAAUGCAGGAGUAGCCCCUGCCCCCCCCCAGUCCCAGAGCAAGCUGUCUCUGAAACGAACCUGUUCACCAUUCUCUGAUGACUUUGACCUUCUCCCUCCCAAGCAAGCCAAGGAAGAUGAUCUCCAGAGAGUCUUGUUAUAUGUCCGGAGGGAAACAGAGGAGGUGUUUGAUGCCCUCAUGCUGAAGACCCCAGACCUCAAAGGGUUAAGGAAUGCGAUCUCAGAGAAAUACGGUUUUCCAGAGGAGAGCAUUUACAAAGUCUAUAAAAAAUGCAAGCGAGGGAUUUUGGUGAACAUGGACAACAACAUCAUCCAGCACUACAGUAACCAUGUGGCCUUCCUGCUUGACAUGGGAGAACUCGAUGGCAAAAUUCAGAUUAUCCUUAAGGAGCUGUAG